GAAAGGGAAAAGAGAUGGCACGUGUGGGAGAAGAGAGAGAAAGAAGAGAUGAGAGUUGUGGUGAGGUUUGUGGAGAGGAGAAGUUUCUCUUUUGAGGAAUGGGGUGGAGAAGGUGGGAAAUGAGAAUUGAAAGGCUUAUGAAUGGAGAAGAAGAAGCUCAACGUCAUCAUCCCUGAUGCUCAACCUCAUGGAAUCAUUCCACGCCGCAAUUCCCCUAUCUCUCAAAGACAAGGUUUGGUAUUUGUAGCCACUGUGUGCAUUGAUGAUGUGGCUUCAGUUUCGCUUACAUCAUGCUGUUCACGCGUGUAUGAUGUUGUUUCAGAUUCACUGUGGAUGAUGAAUUUGAGGAGUGGCGAAACAAUGGAUUCUGGAGCUUAUCCGGAACGUCCAGGGGAGCCAGACUGUUCAUAUUACAUCAGAACUGGACUCUGUAGAUUUGGUGCAACGUGUCGUUUUAAUCAUCCUCCUAACAGGAAGCUGGCUAUUGCUACUGCAAGGAUGAUAGGCGAGUUCCCAGAAAGAAUAGGACAACCAGAAUGUCAGUACUAUCUGAAGACAGGAACUUGCAAAUUUGGCGCCACAUGCAAAUUUCAUCAUCCUAAAGAUCAGGCUGGGAUUGCUGGAAGAGUUGCCUUAAAUACUUUAGGCUAUCCGCUCCGACCUAAUGACCCUGAAUGCACUUAUUAUUUGAGAACAGGACAAUGCAAAUUUGGAAACACUUGCAAAUUCCACCAUCCUCAACCGAGUAAUAUGAUGCUUUCAUUACAGGAUUCUUCUGUUUACCCUACUGUCCAUUCUCCAACUACACCAGGUCAGCAGUCGUAUGCAGGAGGAAUUACAAAUUGGUCAAGGGCAUCAUACAUCCCUAGUCUUCGCUGGCAGGGUCCUUCAAGUUAUGCACCCUUAAUUCUUCCUCAGGGAGUGGUUUCGGUGCCUGGGUGGAGUGCAUAUGGUGGUCAAGUGGGAUCAAUCUCUACUUCAGACAGUCAUCAGCAAGUAAUGAGAAAUGGUCAAACAUAUGGAACUUCUCGCCAAGGUGAGCUAGCAAACGCAGGAUCACAUGGAGCAUACUCUCAAUUCCGUUCUGGCACUGUUCCAGAAGGGUUUUAUGCAUUGCAGAGGGAAAACAUAUUUCCUGAGAGACCUGAUCAACCAGAAUGUCAAUUCUACAUGAAGACUGGAGAUUGCAAGUUUGGUGCAGUCUGUCGGUUCCACCACCCAAGCGAAAGGCUAAUUCCUGCUCCUGACUGUGUCUUGAGUCCCAUGGGCCUUCCUUUACGUCCGGGAGAACCUUUGUGUGUCUUCUAUUCACGUUAUGGCAUAUGCAAAUUUGGCCCAAGUUGCAAGUUUGACCACCCAAUGGGAAUUUUCACCUAUAAUAUCUCUUCAUCGCCUUCAGCUGAUGCCCAGAGCAGGCAUCUGCUACGAUCUUCAUCAGGAACUGCUGCGUUAAAUUUAUCUUCGGAAGGACUUGGUGAAUCGAGCUCAGCAACGCCCAGGCGGCUUUCAUUAUCAGAGACAAGACAGAUACCAUCUGGUGAUGAUGACAUUGAUGAUGAUGGAUGAUGAUGUCUCUUGAAAAUGGGUCAUUUAGCUUUUACAAUUUUUUUAAGGGGAGAGAUGACUAAUCUGUAAAUUAAUUUUCCAUUGCUGGAGAUGUACAGAGGUCAUAUAUGUUUUUGAUUCUGUCAAUAAAAUUAAAUGCAGUUGGCAGAGUCAUUUGUUCUGGUUUCAUGUUACCGGGCUCAUUGGAUAAACUUAAGCAAAUGUUGUCACCUUAGGUCCAACCCAAUGUGAACAAUCCUUCUGUUCUGAAGCCAUCUUUCUUUCUAAUUAACUUUUCACACUAUGUAAAAACCUCCUUCUGGAAAUCUGUAAUGACCAAAGUUUACCUCCUGGAUAUUUAUUGGUUGCAGGAUUGAAACUCGUUGCAAAAACCUUACUCCCACUGCAGUUGGGUUUAUGCUGUCUACUGUGCAUGUAUGGAAUUCUUUUCAAUAGCAAGCAAACAGUAUCGCCAGAAUCUUUCCAUUUUUCAUAUUCUUGUACAUUCUUACCAGAAUUUUGCUGAUCGAAUUAAACUGUGAUUUUGUA